AUGCCUUACUCCUGCUGCCUGCCUAACAUGAGCUGCCGCACCAGCUGCUCCUCCCGGCCCUGCGUGCCCCCCAGCUGCCACAGCUGCACCCUUCCCGGGGCCUGCAACAUCCCCGCCAAUGUGGGCAGCUGCGGCUGGCUCUGCGAGGGCUCCUUCAACAGCAGCGAGAAGGAGACCAUGCAGUUCCUGAAUGACCGCCUGGCCAGCUACCUGGAGAAGGUGCGGGAUCUGGAGCGGGAGAAUGCGGAGCUGGAGUGUCGCAUCCGUGAGUACUGCCAGCAGCAGGUGCCCUACGUGUGCCCGGACUACCAGUCCUACUUCCGGACCAUCGAGGAGCUCCAGCAGAAGAUCCUGGGCAACAAGGCUGAGAACGCCAGGCUGGUGGUGCAGAUUGACAACGCCAAGCUGGCCACAGAUGACUUCAGAACUAAGUAUGAGACGGAGCUGUCCCUGAGGCAGCUGGUGGAGGCCGACAUCAACAGCCUCCGCAGGAUCCUGGACGAGCUGACCCUGUGCAAGUCCGACCUGGAGGCCCAGGUGGAGUCUCUGAAGGAUGAGCUGCUGUGCCUGAAGCAGAACCAUGAACAGGAAGUCAACACUCUGCGCUGCCAGAUUGGCGAGCGCCUCAACGUGGAGGUGGAUGCUGCACCCACUGUGGACCUGAACCGUGUGCUGAACUACCAGGUGCUGCUGGACGUGAGGGCCCGGCUGGAGUGUGAGAUCAACACGUACCGGGGCCUGCUGGAGAGCGAGGACUGCAAGCUGCCCUGCAAUCCCUGUGCCACAACCAAUGCCUGUGACAAGCCCAUUGGACCCUGUGUCACGAAUCCCUGUGCACGUUCCCGCUGUGGGCCCUGCAGCACCUUUGGCGCCAUGCCUUACUCCUGCUGCCUGCCCAACCUGAGCUGCCGCACCAGCUGCUCCUCCCGGCCCUGCGUGCCCCCCAGCUGCCACAGCUGCACCCUUCCCGGGGCCUGCAACAUCCCCGCCAAUGUGGGCAGCUGCGGCUGGUUCUGCGAGGGCUCCUUCAACAGCAGCGAGAAGGAGACCAUGCAGUUCCUGAAUGACCGCCUGGCCAGCUACCUGGAGAAGGUGCGGGACCUGGAGCGGGAGAAUCAGAAGUACCAGGUGCUGCUGGACGUGAGGGCCCGGCUGGAGUGUGAGAUCAACACGUACCGGGGCCUGCUGGAGAGCGAGGACUGCAAGCUGCCCUGCAACCCCUGUGCCACGACCAACGCAUGUGAUAAGCCCAUUGGACCCUGCGUCACUAAUCCCUGUGCCCCCUGUGGUCCACGUGGCCGAUGUGGGCCUUGCAAUAGCUUUGUGCGGUAA